UAUGUGUUUUCCCUGCAGGCCUCCAUACUGGACCUUCACUCUGGAGCUCUGUCCAUGGGGAAACAGUUUGUCAACAUAUACAGGUAUUUUGGGGAACAGAUAGCAGAUGUCUUCACAGAAGAGGAUUUCAAGCUUUACAGAGAUGUGCGGGGCCGGAUCCAGGCCGUCAUUGCCGAGACGUUCGGCUUGGACCGAACCCUGAUGUACCUCACCAAGCCCACCUUCUUCUCCAGAAUCAACAGCACCGGAGCCAAGACGCAGCAUGACGAGUACUGGCACCCACACAUCGAUAAGGAGACGUAUGGCUCGUUCGACUACACAUCUCUCCUGUACCUGUCUGACUACGGCUCAGACUUCACCGGCGGACGAUUUGUCUUCAUGGACCAAAAUGGCAAUCGAACCGUGGAACCACGGGCAGGACGGGUGUCUUUCUUCUCCUCUGGAUCGGAGAACCUCCACCGCGUGGAGAAGGUAACAUGGGGGACGCGCUACGCCAUCACCGUCUCCUUCACUUGUGACCCCAGUCACGCCAUCUCCGACCCCUCCCUGCCCUGAGGCGUCCGCCGACCGCGUUGCUUCCCCGUGCGCUCGGACGAGCCCUGCAACAAAGACGGAGACGAAGAAAGUGAACAAGAGAAUAAAACAUUUUUAUUUUAGGUGUACAGGCUGUGAUCGAGAAACAUCGCCGGCCGCUGCGUCGAACACGAGCGGCAAAGAGUUGACGAGCUUAUGAUUCCUGUUGGAGGAGAGACACAAGACAGAGGAAGAUGAACUUCAGAUGGGAAAUUUACCGCAGCAGAAAUUCUUACUUGGAAACAUCAAUUUUCUACCGAACUGAAAAGACUCUGGUUGUUUGGACGUAGCGGCGUACAAGCUGGGAUUCCACAGCACAAAUUUUCUCCAUCGUUCCACCACUGAUGAGUGUCCAAGUCUUCCGAAUGUUCCUGCAAAACGCAGCUCCACAUUUUGCCAUCAUAUUCCAGAAAUGUCCCUCAACUCAACAUUCCAUAUUGAGUUUUGCACACCGACUGUCUUGCGUCAAAGCACCAACUUUUAAAUUUCACUCUGACUCUUUAUUCAGCAAGACACUUCUUUAUAAAUUCAGACGUUAAUAAUUCUGAUACGAUACCGAUAUCACAGCUCUGAGUAUUGGCUGAUACCAAUACCGAUACUGACCCGACACGAUAUCACCACGAAUCGUAAAUACUUUUAUUACUUAAUUUGUCAUGUGGGAUGUUAUAAAAAGCUUUACCACAAACAGAAAAACAAGCAAAAAUCAAUUUCUCAAACAGAAAACGAUGGUCAACAAUAAUAUGUAUGAGAAGAACUGAUCCUAUAACCAAAGCGUUUGGGAUACAAAGUGCUGCUGGAGAGGAGUGCAUCUGUCAGAGAUUUUAGAUGCAGCUUGAUAUAAUCCAAUACUCAUUUUUUGCCUGAUAUCAGACCGAUUUCCAAUAUGAAUAUUGGCUUGGUACACCCCUAAUAGUCAAAUCUUUUUCUUUGGAUGCCCAGUACUUGGUAAUGACAGCUUUUUAUGGCUUAGUGUUCCUGGUUACUGUGUGUCUGGAUAUAAAUCUAUGUCCUCUGGUUUCUUCUGUUGUUUGGUUUUGUUACAUUUUCACAUUUCAUGAAACAAAAUUUAAUGUCAGACAGAUAACCUGAGCAAGUACAAGAUGACGUUUUCAAAUAAUUUCAGUAGAAACCAACCUGGCAACUUGUGAUGCGUUUACAGAAGAUGAAUUUUGCAGAAUGUUUAACUUAGCCAAACAGGAGGAUUUAACAAAUCAUCACCUGAAAACUUUUUUUUUUUUGGCUUUUACUCAGAUUAUCUUUGUCUUAUACAACAAACUAUUUAAUCAACAAACGCAAAGGAAAAAUCGGGAGCAGUUGCUUUUUUCUCCUCCGUUAUGUCUUCCAACGGUUCUGGUUGGUCCCGUUUCAGUCAAGUUGUUUGGGUUCAUGGACAUUUCUGAUCAUUCUGAACUUUUUGAAUGUUCUGCUCAAAAUGAAACCGGGUCACACAUGCAAAUCUUCAGACUCUCAGCGUCACAUUUCUCUUUCUCCUUGUGCCAAGGUUUUUGUUGUUUUUUUUUCUCUCUCGUUUGAUUGAACUUCGUGAACUCCAUGUGCCAAUACCUCGUUUUAGCACACAGAUGUAAUGUCCUGUUUUCUUUCAGCAAUUAUGAAGCCAUAACACUUGAGUGAACACUUUGUAUUUAUAAAAAUCAGCCAAGAUGA